CCUUGUUUCGCACACGUGCAUAAAACGUUUUCUACCUUGUUAGGUCGGCUAGCUAUCUAUUUAGUCCUCAGUGAAGCCCAACUCUGCCGAGAGGACCUAAAAUCAGGAUCAUAACAUGGCAAAUGAUGAAGUUAACCCAAAGGCCUUCCCAUUAGCUGAUCCUCAACUGACUGUGACCAUCCUUGAUCUCCUUCAGCAAGCUUCCUCAUACAAACAGCUCAGGAAGGGAGCCAAUGAAGCCACCAAGUGUCUCAACCGUGGUAUUGCUGAGUUUAUUGUUAUGGCAGCAGAUACAGAACCAUUAGAAAUAUUGCUUCACCUUCCUCUCUUGUGUGAAGACAAGAACGUGCCUUAUGUAUUUGUUCGUUCCAAGCAGGCUCUUGGUCGAGCGUGUGGAGUGUCACGGCCUGUCAUAGCAACUGCAGUCACUAUCAAUGAAGGAUCUCAGCUUAAACCACAAAUUCAGUCACUUCAGCAGUCAAUUGAAAAACUCUUGAUAUAAAACUGUAUAAAACUUGAUAUAAAACUGUUGCUGUUUUUGGUAGUGCCCUCUAAGUCGAUAUCAAUAAAAAAUUUGUCAACAAAG